UCGGAGUCUUGUAGCAUGAUGGGAUUCAUUACCCUAGCAGAAGGAGGUCGGAUUUAGUGAAGCUGAGUCGAAUGGGAAGCCGGGUCCUUGAGCCAGGAGAUGCCUCGGUGAAGCACAGACGAGGGUCGCGACUCCGACCACCACUAGCUGUCGUUUUCUUGCAAUGGGCCACUUUCGCUCGAGUUUGGUAUCUCUUAGAUGGGAAAAUGCAGCCCCCUGGCAAACUUGCUGCCCUGGCAUCAGUUAAACUUCAAGGAUUGCAUAAACCUGUGUACCAUCAACUGAGUGACUGUGGAGAUCAUGUUGUCAUAAUGAACACAAGGCACAUUGCAUUUUCUGGAAACAAAUGGGAACAAAAAGUAUACUCCUCACAUACUGGUUACCCAGGUGGAUUUAGACAAGUAACAGCUGCUCAUCUUCACCAGAAGGAUCCAGUGGCAAUUGUUAAACUAGCUAUUUAUGGCAUGCUGCCAAAAAACCUUCACAGAAGAACUCUGAUGCAGAGGUUGCAUCUUUUCCCAGAUGAGGAUAUACCAGAAGAUAUUCUUAAGAAUUUAGUGGAAGAGCUUCCUCAACCACGAAAAGUGCCCAAACGUCUAGAUGAGUACACACAAGAAGAAAUAGAGGCUUUCCCAAGAGUUUGGUCUCCACCUGAAGAUUAUCGCCUAUAGGAGAAGGCACAUCUCAGAAAAUAACUGAUGAUUGCAACUGGUGAAAAAACUGCCUUUUCACAAGAAAGCUGUUCUGGGUGCUGGAACUUUGUGGGGAAAGGUCAGGAAGGGAUAUUCCUUCAACAGGAAAUUGCAAUAAAAUACGUUAUUAUAUAGAAUUGUUUUAUUAUGUAAUCUGAUUUGAAUGUUAUAAAUGAUGAUAAAAAUAAAAUUGCUUACUU